AUGUCCCUGAAGCAAAUGUUGUCGGCCAAGUUGGUCGCACAUGUAAGUUUAUAUAGUAUGAAAAUGUAUAGUGAACAAGAUCUUCUGUUGUCUGUUCCUUCUUUUUAGAUAAGGGACAAUUUUUAAACUUUCAACAAUGUGCAAGUUGUUUACUAAUGGUUCCUUUGUUGUGAAUGUGUUUUUUGCAGCUUCAUUUGAAGUAAUGGUGAAUGGAAAACUGAUUUUUUCCAAACUUGAACAAGGAAGUUUUCCCUCUUUCAAAGAGGUUAGUUGAAAUUGAAUAAAUCAAACUCGGUAAGAGUUUUGAGACUAACUCUCCUAGAAGGUGCAUGUUAUCAGAGAGGCAAAUUUGUACCUGCAUAGGUUACAUAAAUUUCAUCGACACCCAUAGAUGCUCAUAGCCACCAAAGUUAAGACUUCUACCCCAGUUGUCCAAAGCGUGGACAAUGCUAUCCACUUGAUAAAUCUCUACUGGUUGAAUAGCUCAGUAUGUUUUGUUAACUUUUACUUACUGGAUAGCAUUAUCUGGACUUAAAAAAACUGGGCCCUGUUCAUAUGUAAAUUGUUGUGAAGGCAGUUAUUACUAUCUGUUCAACAUAAAUUCUUUCAGUGCAUAACAAAAAUGAUCAUUAGUCUUACCUUAUCACACCUAACUAUUAAUACAUUGUGCUAGAAUAAAGUGCUCUGUGUACCAGUGUGUUGUAUUGUGUUUUCAAGUAAGUUUUGCAACUAAUUGUGUUGUGAUAUCAGUUUUGAGCUCAUAAUUCUGUAGAGUAAUAUCAACAAAAUUGUAACCACCAAAGUUUGGUGUGGAGUGGUGUAUUAAAAUAGAAUCAGACUUUGCAUAUUUGUUUUGAAUAUAAAGUUAAAAUUGGAGUGUCUCUUUUUGUAUAGAUUGUUGUUGUGGUACAUGACUGCAGCCAAGGCAAAGAACCCUGUGAAGUGACAGAGAAAGAGGAAUCAUCAUGCAUCCUGCUGUAGUCCAGCCACAUGUUAACAAUCCUAUUAAAUCAAAUCACUUUAAUCCAGUUGACAAUUAUGUGCACUUGCACACAAACUUGAUAAAAAAUUGAAUCAUUUUAUUUAUUAAAGUAGCAUUUUGUUUUUUCUAGGCACCUAAAAGCCAUCACCAAAGUUUCUUUUUUAUGAUUGAUGUCCUCUUAAAAACUAAUAUUUGUUACUUCGCAUGUAGUAAAGUUAAACCUAGUAGAUCUUCAUCCGUUGUCUCAACGGUAGUUGAUGUGCGUAAAAUAUUUGGGCUUGAGACACCCUAGACCCAAAAUUUGUAAACUUCAGCCAAUCCUUCCCUGAUAAAAAUUUUAGUAAUGGUGGAUUAGUUGCCUGUAAAAAGAAACUACAACACAUUUUCAGCUAUUGUGUGUAUUAAUUUUUGCAUAAUUGACUUAAAUUUUAAUGCAAAUAUGGUGCUUAUUUUUGGCCUUGAUGCCUCAUUUGGCAGCACAAUUGUUCACAUGCUAUGUGGCAUACAGUUUAACUUUAAAACAAGUGGACGGAGCCUUGUGUAUCUGUUGUUGAUGCAAGGUAACACUGUUAAUGUUAUUGUAUGAUGGUCACAUCAAAAACACUCAGUAAUGAUGUUGACUUGAUGGUUGGAACAUUGCAGUGGAACAGCAGAAACUUGAUAGGUAGACAUGCCCUGAGUGCUUGUUGAAAAUAUCAAUAAAAUAUGGAAAAGUUAGAAGUCAUACUCAUGCAUUUCUCUGCAAAGUAAGGUUAAGUUUGUUGCUUCUCAAGUGGUUCUAGAUUGUCACCUAGAAGUAAGACUUACUGGUAAAGAUUUCUCAUAAAUUUCCAAAGUAAUUCAGGUAUUCCUUCUUGAGUACACCUCAUUUAGGCAACAAUCUCCUAAAUCUCUUUAACUAAAUACUAAAAUUUUGCCCAUGGAAGGAGUAAUCCAAACCCUCUUUUAGGUAACCAGGACUACUUCCAUUAUUCUUUGUUGGUUCAGAGUCUGUAUUGCUGAGUAUUGAUAAACCUAAGUCAUCACAAAGGCCAAUCAGAGCACAGAGAAAAUGCACCAGACACAAGCUUAAAUGAGAACUCAAAGUAAAGGCAAAAAAUAAAAUGACCUGCGAAACAUGAAAAUGUAGUAACUGCCUUCACACCAUUACUUUUUU